AGCCCAUCCGCCUCAUAUGCACCAAAGACUAUCCAGAAGCUUGCUGUGGUGUCCUCAGAGCGGAGACAGGGCUGUACUGAGAAGGACAUUGGCAGGUUGACCCAGGCUCAGAAGAUCUACAUCCAGAAUGGCUACCGCAGGCACCUCAGGGCUGGGACGCAGGAAGAAGUCUCCUGGUCUCAUGGAUCAGAUCGGCCAGUUCUUUGGAGGAGAUAAGAAGAAAAGAGGAAAGGGUUCAUUCCGUGGUCACCUGUCUUCCUCACCCCCAAGACCUCAGCAUUCCUCAUCCCGACGCCGUGGAGAUGUGAACCCUGUCCUCCAUUUCUUCAGGAGCUUUGUGUCCUCUCCUCGCCCUAAGUCAAGGUGGAGAGAACUCUUGGGCCUGGCUUCACCAUCAGCACGUCGCUCAGAGAGUAUCAGAUCACCCCACAGACGCCGCAGAGAACAGAACACACUCUCCAGAAUCUUCAACCUGGGAGAAAGUAGAUCUCGUUCUCCACCCAAACGCUGGAGCACCAUCUUCUGAGCCCUCGACCGACACGAGAACGAGCCAGAUAGAAGAUAAAUGAAAGGAUGUGGAGGAGGAAGGAACAGCAGAGGGACUCUGCCUUGUGGACUCACACUUUGCUAUGCGUUUAACAGACUAAUAUUGGCCACCUCCGCUUAUUAGACAGUGAUACAAUCCUGGUAUCAGAAAUUAUUUACCUAUAGAGUGACGGGAAUGAGGGGUGUGCUGGUGAGGUUGAGUGGUCAUGUGACUUCUAUAGUGUUUAGACAUAUUGGCUUUACUUGAGCACUUCAAGUGCCUUGAUAUAACUUCAUAAAUGAAAAAGAAAUUCGAUUUGUUCCUAUCCCUCACACCGCAAAUGAUGAUAUCCUACCAAAAUGGCAACCUCCAUAACAGCACACAAGUCCACUUCAUAUAAGUAAUAAAAAUAAUAUAAAUCGAUAUAAAGCCACCUCCUACUUGAUUUUAAUUUUAAGUGUAAUGCAGUAGCUACAUUAGUAAUCAAUAGUCUCUUUACAAUUAAAGUUUGUUUUCAAUCACUUUGUCUUUUCUCCAUGUGAAAUUUACACGACGUGCAUUGUUUUUUUUCUUUGAUACUUUCCUCUAAUCCUAAUAUAAUACUGUGAGGAAUGAUUCCAGGUUGUUUCGUGUAAAUGUAAUGUAUUUUUGGGUAUCGUUCGCGUUCCUUGUGGUUGUCAAGUGUCCUGUCAUGUAUAGUUCGUUUCUAUGUUUAAAAUGAUUUGCAUAUAGGAUUUUGGACUGUGUUUUGCCACUUAAGAGUUCUUUAUAACAUUUCAGUAUUGUGUAUGAUUAAUGCAUGACAAUAAAAUAUCAAUUUGUGUAACAUGAAUUAAUGGAGAAACAUUGCAGCAGAUACUAAAAUCUCAAGUCUCUGUACUGGAAAGCAGUAUCUAAGCCAGCAGAGAUGCCCUUCAAUUGCACUGAUGUAGUAAAAAUAUAUACGAGUGUCACAUAUUUACUUUUCAUAAUUUUUGUAUAUUAUAUCCAAAACAAGAAAGGGUUAAAAAAAAAUCUAAGAUGGCAGUGCUUCAAAGGUAGUGAAGGUGCAUGAGAGGAAAUGAAAAGUGAAAGAUGGAUCUGAGGAAAGAUACGAACAACAAUGAAAGGAUGGAAAGAAUAGUGAUGAGGAGAGUGAGAUUGAUUUCAUUCAGCCUAAAUUACAGACAGCCUUCUGUUUAUAAUGUGUCCUCAUGUUGUGUUUCGUGUCUCAUAGAACUUCAUGCAUGUACUGUUUAUGAAUGAGUGCUGAACAGAUAAAUAAAUUUCAGUUAUUCUGCCCAUCAGCGCUGUAUAUGUCCCAAAUGGUGCUACAGACUCAUAAUGCGGAGAAUAUUUGAGUAAGAGUGGCCAAGUUUUUAAGUUAUGAUCUGUAAUACUUUUAAUCAGUUGAUAUUUUAAGUAACAUCAAAUAAAAAUUCCUAAAUAUA